GCAACUACUGCUUUCGCUAGUUCGGUCGCGUGCGAUCGCCACCGCGCAGCAGUUUUAGCAGUUUGUAUGGGUGUUCUGUGUUUUAGCUUGCUGCUUGCUUAGGUCGGGAUCGUCCGCAGGUUUCUUGCGGCGUCAACCGUUCGCGAUGGCGUACUGCAUGUGGAACGGGGCCGAAAAGUACAGAGACACAUUCGUGUCAGGCACUUACGUCUGCUCCCAGUGUGGCUAUGAACUGUUCUCGAGCCGAACCAAGUUCUCUCACCACUCCCCCUGGCCUGCAUUCACCGAGACGAUACACGAGAACAGUGUCACCAAGCGACCCGAGAUUGGCCGGCCUACUGCACUCAAGGUGUACUGCGGAAAGUGCAAGCAAGGCCUCGGCCACGAGUUCCUGCGAGAGGGGCCCAACGGCAAGUCGCGCUUCUGAAUCUUCUCGGAGUCGCUGCGGCUUGUCCCCAGCGACCAAGUGCCAGGUUCCAGCGCGGCGAAUGCCGGGGACACCCCAGACAGCAACACGGACCAGAAGCCGAAGCCUCUGGGCCUUCUGUAUCGCUGCAACCUGUCCUAAACGCUGCCUGAGCCAGUGUGUCUGGCGACUCCAGCGUACCUCGUGAUCGCCGCCUGCGGUUCAGCCGGUGGCAGACUGUCCGUGAAAGUAAUCCACAAUGUGCCUGGCGUUUCUGUGGGCGCAUGUUCUGGGCUGGGAUAACGUAGUGAUUCUAGUCCAUUGUUAUUCCUCUUCGCCUUUGGUUUGAGUGGCGCUCUGCCAAUGUUAUCACCGGGAUCGGCUGGCCGUGAACGAUGGUUGAUUCCUCAAACGAAAGCAAUCCUUAAAUUAAACUGGCCCUGCUUUCUGAACUUAUGUGGCGUUUUAUAUGCAGCGAAAAUGAAAAAAAAAACAUAAGCUGAACCAGGUUGUAGAGCCAGGCUUUUUGGCAUGUGAUGCAUAGCCGCAACACUACAGGCAGGGGAGGGAGAGGGGGCCAUAUUGCGACUUCCAUCCCCAUGGUGUCAUUGGUUGAUGCAGCAGAAGCAGUAGGACCUGUUUACGUUUCCAAAGAAAUAUUGCUUACCAUUGCCUUAUCAUAGCUGUCUGUCUGCUUAAACUUGCUUAUAAAUCUGCCUAAGUGGUCCUCAUAUUUGUGGCUAUCUCAUGCACUUUGUAACUUAAUAAACAAAAUAACCUAGUAGAAAUAGUUUUGGGAAGGAAUAUAUUACUUUCAAAUGAGCUGAAUAAUUAAAGGAUCAGUGCUAUGGGCAGCAUUGUAACUGCAGCGAGUUGUCAUGCGGGUGUUGCAGAAGUUUUGGCAGAAGUGUGGCUUUGGAGACUGCAGUCGGUUGUUCGAUCUUGGAGAACUAGAACGCGUUGCAACUACUGGCGGCCAAUGCUCUGGCACUUUGCCGUGCUUGGUCUUAUCGGCUUCUGCUGCUUCAGCAAAUCAUACGUACAAUACUUGUCAGAGAUUGCCAGUGAUCUUGCAGACUAGAGUCACCCCUAGUGACCAGUGCUUUGGCACUUCUGCUACCAAUUGGGCUUAUCGGCUUCCGCUGCAUGAGCUGAUCAUACAAUACUCGUCAGCGAUUGCCUACGCAGGGAUGGGAAUUGGAAUGUGGCCUCACGACUCGGGGGGUUGAGAGGAGCAUAUGCAUGUUUUUCUUUCUGCUCACGUGACCUGUCUGUUCUUAGCCUAUACCAUGCCAUCCGUCUCACUCUACCCAUACAGGUGUCCUCACUGUGAUGAAUACGCCUCCUUGUAUCAUGCAGUGUGCACAUACACCCAACCUUCAACCCAUUCCCAAACCUGUCUGUAACAAUGUUUGGCUUUGCACAAAAAAAAAACUGUUACGGAGCUAUUUGUUGCUUAUUAGAACAGUGAUGACAGUUUCAGAGGAAAAGAGACCCAUCUGUUUGAAACAAGGAACCGUAUAAAGGGAUGUUAAAAGUACACAUUGAGUCAGUCUAGAGUGUUGCUUUGCCAAUUUAGAUACCUCGCAGUGCUUGCUAUAUCGUUGCAUACAAUACUGCAACUGAAGGGGCCAUGACAAUCUUUCUAGAAUUCUCUAGAAUUCGAACAGCCCGCAAUGAACAGUCUAUUUCACCAAUGUUGUAGCAGUGACACAAAUCCUGUCACAUGUUAGUUGCAUACGAAGGCUGUUCUAGUUAAACUGACACCUUGAACUCCUUGGAACACUUCGAACACCUUAGAACACUGAAUCUAAAUCGAUAACUUUAGCUUGACCUAAUGUUUGCCUCUAGUGCCCCUUUCAGAAAUUCAAAAUUCACUUUACAAGUGCGGUGGAGUGCAACUUUUUGAGAUUGCUUGAUGUUGCAGGCUCAGUGAAAUGUGUAAUUAUGUAGUUUUCAACUGAAACUGUGACCUCGCAAGUGUAUAUUGUGAAACAUGUGGUGUAAAGUGAUGUGGAGCCUGCCUGAAAAAGAAGCCAGAGAAACUAAAUGUGCCUGUAGGCUGUUGCUGGAAGUCACAGUAGCAUUCAAGUAACUAACGCGUGCUUGUUUUUCAUUGAAGAAAAGUACUGGAUGUAGCUGUAGGCCGAUUACCACGAAUCGCUUUUGCAUAAGGGUUGAACAAGAUGCAACCACUGAUCUCCUCAAAGAUGCUUCAGGAAGUCCCUUAGUUUUAGACGAGUAUUUUUUGAAAGGCCUUGUAUUUACACAUGUGUGUUCCCGUUUUGUCUUUCCCAGGCUUCUGUGUUACACUGUUGCCACUUUCGCUAGAUUCUUGCAUCGUGUACCAACUACAGCACAAAUGACGUGGCAUUGGUAAAGCCUUCGAAAUGACAGGCGCGGUGCCGCUGAUGCCUUGUCCGGCUGUUGGAUGUCCAGUGCAAGUUGUCUUUGUGAAUGCUGGCAUGUGCAAGUUUUGGAUAUGCUCGUGUUAUGUAGUGCACCGUGUCGGCCAACCUCGCCUUUUGGUGUUGGUGACACAAAUAAAGUUCCUGUGUGAACAGA